AUGAUGCCCGUACUCAUGGGAGGCGUUCUCCCGGGACCUGUUCCCACCGCCUACCACACCGAUGCCUUGUUCGAUGAUCUGUCGAGACAGAUGGCCAUCUCUCAAGCAUCUCGGAGGCUAUCCCGGGGCUCCAGUGGACAACGAAACGGAAACGCCAUGCGUGUAGCAAAGCCUACCAGUGCAAACAACAGUCCAAGAUCAUCAUCAGCAAUGCAGGCGAGGAGAAGGACCGUGGUGAAUGAUGGAAACUUGGCGAGGCGGAGGCAGCAGCCCAUGGACCAAGUCAUCCUGCCCGAGUAUGGCACUCAGUCUCGACCAAGCCGUCCCCUAAGCUGGCACCCUUCCACCUUCCAACACCAACAACAAAAGAUGCCCGUUGCUCAGCACAUGGCCUCUUACCCAUUCCCUCCUGCCGCGUCAGCAUACGACAUCGACAGCUAUCACAUCUACCAGCAAUUCCCGCCAACCCCGGCGGCUUACUCGUGCAACACAUCACCUGUUGCCUCCUUCUCCCCUCUCUCUCUGCCCUUCGGCACGUACGACAGCUCAGCGUAUCUGCCCGUGGAGGGCUGGAACGUUCCCCAGCAGGAACCCCCAGCAUACGUCUCCUCGGAGACGACUGGGUACGCAGAGCCCUUCCCGGCUCUGCCUACCACCUUGCCGGACCUCACGCCGUCGUCUACUUCCACGCACUGGCAAUCGUACUCGAUGGACGGCUUUCCUAGCACUUCUCCCCCUACCCCCGAGACGCUGCCGCAGGCUCAGCAGCCUCAACCUAUCGUCCCCAACGAGGACACCAUCCCAUACCAGCCUCUGGACGAGCCCGAAGAGGAGGGCGAGAUCCUGGUCGGCAUGGGCCUCUACGACGCUCCGGACAAAUACGACCAAGACCCCCAACUCGACGCCUCUCGGUCCGCCAUGUCUUCACUGCUUGGCGCGCCGUAUCGCCCCCAGGAGGGUACCGGCAAGGGCUUGAAGUUGGAGGAGUCGUGGCAGCCGCCCGAGAGCGACGACGAGGACGCUGAUCAGGACGACGCCGACGGCGAGGACUCUGAUUAA